AUGGCAUCGGGAGUGGCAGAACUUGAGGAAGUGAGGCUGUCGCCCCGCUUCGUUGCAAAGCUCAUGGAAGGCGCCGGACAAGGCCUUCUCGUGCGCGCCGUCGAGGAGACUCGUCGCCGGGCGUUUCUUAUCUGGCAAGAACAUCCAUGGAUGUCCGAGCAACAGAACUGGCUCGCUGCAGAGCAGAGCCUUCUGCGUCCAGUGCAGCGCAAUGCCUUGAAGUUUGAGGCCGCGACACAGACCCAGUGGGAAGAGGAAGGGCAGGACAAUUUGAAGGAAGCUUCGCAUGGAGCCCCAAUCGCAGCUGCUUUCGCUGAAUCGGCGUCGCUGGAUGGAUGCGUUUCGGUCACUGCAGGCUCAGACUUGGGGACGUCUGGCCAAACCUCCAGAAGUGACCGAGUCGGGAGUGUCGAGAGCGAUGAAAUGAGGGGGUGGGUAUCCGACAGCUUGGAAUGUCCAAGAGCUUCGGUGACACCGGGACACCCCGAGACAGGCCGCGAUUUAGCGAUCACAGGUUUCACGAGCGACGUGCAACCAUUUGGAAAGGGCGGCUCUGCCCAUACCGAACGAAAGGAAAGAUUGUCUGUGACAAAGGCCUUUUCCGCAAUGGCUUGCGUGCCUGCACCGUGCCGGGAAGAGAAGGCUGCAGUGCAAGGCCGUUUCCAUGUCGUCGCUGAUUUUGCUGACUGUGUCGAAGUUCCUGCAUCCGAAGAGUUAUGCCCGGCAGUGGCGAAGAUGUGCAGCAUGCAACGGCUUAGCCGAGAAGACUUCGUGGAAUCUCCAUGUUGGAAGGCCUUGCAGGGUGACUCGAAGACGGUGCUGUGGGGCCUUGCCCAGGGACUGGAGGAGAACUCCGUACCAAGUGCAGAAGAUCACCACACGGACACGGGCUGUCAAACCGAGCGGGUAAGACGCAGCACUUGUGUACCUAGAUUGGCAUUGGACAGAGCCCAUGCCAAGAGCUCGAAGUCAGAUGGAAGACAAGGAUCUGCACGGGGGGACGCGCAAUCUGGACUCGGCAUGCGGUGUUGGCCUGGCUCCAAUGUGGAAGUUCCACCUCUCCCGGCGCCUCCUGAGAAUCACCCGUUGCUGACUCCUCGAACUGGUGCUGGUCCGCUCCGACCCGUGAAGGUGCCGAAAUUGGCUUUGGCACCCCAGAAAUCGUGGCCAUGCGGACUCCAAGCGCGCCAUGCGGGACAGGCCGUGUUGGCACAUGACGAAUUCCUGAUCAGUACGCCGCACCUGCCGGGAGAAGGACUUCCUCAAGCUGUUCCCCGGUCCGGCUCCAGAAGUCUGAGCCCCAGCCCCAGCAGUUUCUCCGACGGAAGCCUGGACUCCUUGGACAUCUCCGACUGGGAGCGCGUGGCUUCGUUGCAGACUACGGCUUCAGGAGUCCAGGAGGCUGAUUUAACUCGGCGAAGCGGGCGGUUUAGUUCCGAACGCAGCGGCAGUGCGUGCAGUGACUUCAGCGUUUGUGGAUUGUAUGGCUGCGGCGACAAGGCUGAAUCGCAGGUGCUCCGGAAGGUGAUCCGAGAUCUAGAAGAGCGAUUGCAGGCUACGGGGUGGCUGCGUCUGCUCAUGACCAUGUCUUGCAUGCAGUUGGGCACGCCUUUCUUUGCAUGCUCAUCCUACCAACAUCUGUCGGCCUCCCGGCUUCCACUCUCAACCCCUCUCUUUGCCUUGGAAGCAAUGGUCAGCUUAACUGACACGUUGCCUACCGGUCACUUUCUUUGCAGCAGCAUGCCUGGGUUUUGCUGCCCUGCCGUCGUGCAACGGUGA